GACCUUUCGGAGGGGAGUAGAACCACAUCAGUCCAUGCUGGGGAAACCUGGGCUCCAUCCACGCCAGAGGACUGUCAGCUUCUCUUUUAAUGCAUGUCUUGUCUCCAGAGGUUUACUAGAGGGAUUGAGCAGGGCUAGACGAGAAGAGACACAUCAUCUAUCUUCUCCAAUGCUUCUGACAGAGGAGUCUGGUCUUCUCCAUGUUCAUAGGUGAGCCAGAUGACCCUCCUCGUGCCAACCCACAUUCAGUGCAAAACCAAGGUAAGAGACACAGUUACUUCUGCAUGACUUUGUUCCAUGUUACUAUGCUCUUGUGAAGGAAAUCUGUUGACAAAACUGCCUUUGACGUUACUGUAUUCUCUUUGAUUCAUCUACAGUUGCUGCAUUCCCCCUGUGGUAUGACUGAUUUGAUAUUAGAAUAGAACAAAUUAUAUGACUUAUGUCCCUCAUUUGUAAAUGUGAAUGUUGUUUUUUUUGUAGUAGUAGUUUGGCUUUUCAGACUUUACACUUUCAGGUUUGAAAUGAACAUAUGUAACUACUACAGUACAUUAUAGUCAGAUGAUGUGAAGUUAACUGUCCAUACCGUUUUUGAACUUUUUUGGGUAAUCUUUAUGAAAGCUAAUUGGUGGUUAUAUUAGAUUAUUUAAAAUGUAUGAUAAUCAUUAAUAAUGUUAUUGACCUAAGCCAGAGGUCAACAAUUGAGUGUUCAGAGAAUGUUCCAAAACAUGUUUAUUUUCAGUAGUUUUCUAACAUUAGCAAUUUAGGUUUAUUUUUAAUGUAGAUAACAAAUAGAACAACUAGAAAAUGAAAUGGAUGUUAUAUGUCGUAGAGCUCCGCCCUCUACUCAUAUAACUGGAGUUACAAUUCCCAGUAACUAUCGUCCCCUCUGCUUGACUCAUUAUAUUAAUCUGGACUUCUGUUUAUAAUAACUCAUAUUCUAAUGUAGUGGAUUUGUGGCAUCAACAAUAAUUGUUACAAACUAAAUAGAAAUAUCAUUAAUACCUGAAAGUGUUUGAAUGAGGAGAGAGGAGAUACAGAAAAAAUAUAUACAAAAUAAAAUUGGACCCAGGUUUUUGUUUCCCCAUUGUUUGAGAUGUGCCUUCAGUUGAGGGGAAUUCUGUGUCUCAUUCAAGCACUGCAAAGGGAAGGAAUCACUGCUGCUAUCUUGCUUUCCAAACCAAGGUGCAUGUAUUGAGGAGCAAACUGAAGGAGAGAAGAGAUUCAGCAACACUUGGAGGACAAUGGAAAUUAAAAAUUAAUUAAAAAAAAAAAAAAAAAAAAAAAAAAAAAAAAAUUAUAGAACAAACGUGUUUUGGAUUUUGGCCUUCAUCAGGUUUUUUUUUAUCAAGGCCAGGAGAUGGGAAGAUGCAGAAACAAAGAGAAAAUGAUCUGUGGGGAUUCUAAUGGGAUUCUAAGAACAGUGCAGUAAAUUAUAAGUGCUACUCAAGAAUCCAAUGUGCAACAAACCACAAAAUAUGGUUUCAAUACUAAAGAUACAUAGCGACAAAGUCCAUUGAGAAAUAGGAAAUAUUAUGUUUUAUAUAUUCUAUAGAACUCUAUAGUCUAAAUAUAGUCUAUAUAAAAUAAAUAUAUCACCACAUUUUGUACACCUUUAUUUUUCUGUUCAUGAAGCUGAUACGUUUCACCAUUGGUUUCAGAUCUUCAUCAGAGCAAAAAUAAACCAUGGUAUCCUUCCCUUUCAGGUAAAGUGUCUGUGUGUGAUGGUGUUCUUGAGUCUCCCCUUGACCAUGGGAGACCCUGGUCCGUGCAGACACUCCAUCACCAGAGAUCACCUGCUGACCAUACGACGCCUGGUGAGUAGUACAGCUAUACUGAACAAUGGGAACUAAAUGAUAAAAUAUUUGUUUUAAAACAUGAAAAAAUGUAAGUUGUAUAAAACUCUUAUAAUAUGAAGACAAUAUAUACAUAACCAAGAGUGAUUUAUGAAAUACAUGUUUAAUCACAGUGGCUCACUGUGGAGAGCAGGGCUGUGCACAGACCUUUGGAGGGGCAGGUGCUCAAAGUGAAAAAAACACCACCAAGCUGAAAGGGCACUUUUCUCAUAGGAGGGCAAAAGGGCAGGUACUCAGGAACUCUUAGACCUCUAUUUGUGCACGUGCCUGGUGGCGAGCAUAUUAAAGUGAUGGGCAAAUAAAAAUGUUCACAGUUACACUAGAACCAUUAGACAUUGAUGAUUGGGGUCAUUGAAUGUCCAGCAAAUUUCUCUCAUGAACACAAGAUAUGAGAAGUUAAUAUCUAUGUUGUUAAUUUAAUGACUCCUGACAUGUAUUUUGGUUUCUGCAUUUAUUUCUGUUUUACAUAGAUAGAUAACCAGUUGCAGAGUGGAUGCUCAAUAACCUACACAUUUAUUGAGCAGAGAAGUUUGGUAAGGUAAUUUUUAUGCAUAAAAUGCAUGUGCAGUUAAAACUUGGGAGAUCACAGGCAAAUUCACAAAGAACAUUAGGUUAUGCUUUUAGUUCACCAUUUCUUUUGUUGAUUUUGGUACUAUUUUUGAAAUUAUUUUUUACAAAUGAUGUGUUCUUUUUUUAGGAGAGUGACAGAAAGUAUCCACUGUACACCACAUUAUUUAUUUCAGCUAAAAAAAAGGACUGUAAAAAUAAGCAUAACCUAUUAUCAUUAUGGCUAACCAAGAACAAGUCACUGACAUACUUUGUAUCAUAACUGUCAUGAAUUUGGACUGUUCUUCUUCUAUUCUCUGGCAGAAUAAAUGUUGCUAUGUGAAAGCUGCCCUGCCCUGGAUCUUGGAACUCCUAACUGGACACUUCAGAUACACCCGGGGAUCAGACAACCACAGCUACGUGUUGUCGCUGACCGGUCUCAUCCACAACAUUUACUCCCAGAGAUGUGUACCACAGAUCAAUGAGGAGCUGGAGGUGAGGGAGGUUUGAUGCUCAAGAGCUCGCUCAUUAAUAAAUAACAGCAUUAGUUGGGUGUUUUAAAGAGGAUUCAAGGAGCUCAAUACUAAGCUCAUAAAACUCUUGAAUAAUUGUAUUGAUAGGACAUGCAUCCCAUGUGAAUUUUACCAAUAUUAUUUUCUGACCCUAUUGACUAGGAUGACCCAGUGAGCUUUGGGAUGUCAUUCAGCAGUUCCCCAUCCGAGGCCCUGGGAAGGGUACAGGAUGUCAUGUCUGUGUACUGGGAGCUGGUGACCACCAUGGACUCACCAGUAGACUGGAGCUGUGAGAGGGAGUACACAGACACCGCAGAGCCCCCCACAGCCCUCUCUACAGCACUCUCUCUGACUACAGGUGGGCAACUUCCUCAAGGUUCGGAGAGGUUCCCUGGUGAAGGCAUAAAACAGGGAAUUACAUUAUUACCGAAUAUAAUAAUACAGUGUGGCAAUUUAGCAAAGUAGCUUACAAAAUCAGACCCACUAUCAUCUGGUGUUGCAUGUAUCAACUUGCUGAGCUAUCUGAUUAUCUUAACCUCACUUGUCCAUAUUAUAACCUGGCUGUUUAGACCUGUCUCGUUGUCCACAGUCAGCACCUUUUGGGACUCAGAGAAAGCCCCUCAGACUGGUCUAGAUGGAGACCAAGAUGGAGACCUGUACAAGUUUGGUUUCAUGGUCAUAGCUCCAUCAGUCUGUGGAGGAUUGCUGUUCAUAUUCACUCUAUAUUGCCUCAUCACACACAAGGUAAUAAUGCACACUAAAAAGGUUUGAGUUACUAAACAGCACUAAAGACCCCCAAUGCCUUUAAAUUCAGUAUCACCAGUAAAAAUUAAGAAAAAGGGGAAACAUUUUUAAAAAAUGCUAUUUACAUGUUUGUUUGUUUGUGUGAUUUUGUUCCACCACAGAUGUCCUACAAUACUGAUCAUCACACAUCACUAGUGUACCAAAACUCAAGGUAAAGUAUCACACAGUAUCUAGAAUAAUCUAACCAACGCAACAUGAUGACAACCCAAAAAUAUAUGUAGGUUCUAAUUCAAAGUUGUACUUAUAGUUUGCAAACAGAUAUUCAGGACAUAGAGAUGCAGGUGCAAUAAAGUGAGUAUUAUUUUCAGUCUAUUUAUCAUAUGUCAGUCUCUCCAUGUAUUUGCUGUAGCUACAUAUUCUGAAUACUCCUCCUUUCUGCACAAAGGCCAUAAAAGACAGAUUGCUGCAGAUGGAGGAGCAUAUCCAAAGGGGAGGAUAUACCAUCAAGCUCUCAUCUCUAAUACACAAUGAACAAUGGUGGUUUAUAUAUUAUAUAUUUGUUUGAUAUAACAUCCUAUGGACAUUUCCAGCCUUUUUCUGGCCUACAGGCACUAUCAAUGGAUUUGAAUGGACCUUAUCUUUUUGAGAAUGCUAUUCAAAGAGGGGAUAUUUUUAUAAUCUAUGUUGUAUAUUGUGUG